CUGCUCCCAUCACUAGCAAAAGGUGUCAAAAACUGCUCGUCAUCCGCAGAGCAGGCGAUUUUUCUUUAAAGGAUUACCAAAUUUAUAUUUAUUCCCACACAUUAUAUAUCCACUUUCGAGAAGAGCCCGCAUCAUGUUUGGCAGGCAAAGCGGUUUGGGCAGCUCCAAUAGCUCCAAUCUUGUGGAAUUCCGUGCUGGACGCAUGAAUAUGGUUGGCAAAAUGGUUCAUCCAGAUGCUCGCAAGGGCCUCGUCUACAUGACCCAGAGCGAUGACGGCUUGAUGCACUUCUGCUGGAAGGAUCGCACCAGUGGUAAGAUCGAGGACGAUCUCAUCGUCUUCCCUGACGACUUCGAGUACAAGCGCGUGGAUCAAUGCAAAUCGGGUCGCGUCUAUGUCCUGAAAUUCAAGUCCAGUUCCCGUCGCAUGUUCUUCUGGAUGCAGGAGCCCAAAACCGACAAAGACGACGAGCACUGCCGUCGCAUCAACGAGCUGCUCAACAAUCCGCCCUCCGCCCACCAACGSGGCGGCGGCGGCAGCGGCAGCGAGGGCACCGACUUGCAGUACAUGCUGAACAAUAUGUCGCAGCAGCAGCUAAUGCAGCUCUUCGGCGGCGUUGGCCAAAUGGGCGGACUCAGCUCGCUGCUGGGUCAAAUGAACUCACGCACGCCCUCGUCUCGCACGGCAGUCUCGUCGGGAGGUGGUGGAGGCGGCAGCGCCGGCCUGCAGACUCCGGAGAACGUGAAUGUGCCGCGCACAGUGUCCGCGCCAAGCAAGCCGAGCAAGUCCAGUGGAAAUCGGAGCACCAGCGGCGGCGCCGGCAACGCUCAGAGCGAUGCAGCUGGAGGAGCAGGCGGAGGCAGUGGAGGAGGGGUCGUAGGCGGCAGCUUGGCUGUCGAUGCGGAUGGAUCCGGUAAGAAAAAUGCGACAAAUGCGACAGCAGCAGCAACAGCCAGCGGAGCUUAUGCGAAUCCAUUCCAAGCCUAUUUAUCCAAUCUCUCCCCUGAACAUGGCGCAGGUCGUUCCCUAAAUAUCGACCUCUCGACCGCACUGUCCGGCGCCGAGGCGAUCAAUCAACUGAUUUCGGAUCCGGAGCGUGUGAAAUCGUUGAUUGUGCAUUUGCCGGAAUCUGAAGAUGCCGAUGAGGAUCGCAAGCAACAGAUCAAGGAUCACAUCAGCUCCCCACAAUUCCAGCAGGCGCUCGCUCAGUUCUCCAACGCCCUCCAAUCGGCUCAGCUGGGACCCGUGGUCAAGCAGUUCGAGCUGUCUCAUGAUGCAGUCGCUGCUGCCUACUCGGGCAAUCUGGAGGACUUCGUGCGUGCCUUGGAGAAAAGCUUGCCAGCGGGCGCAACUAUGGCAGCCGACGAUGCAACACCCACAGCCGCCUCCAAGGACACUUCUGCUGCCGAGAAGAAGGGCGAGGCAGAAGAGACCGCCGCCGCUGCAGCAGCUGCCGCCUCGGCCGACAAACCGGAUGAGAAGCAGAAAUAACGCGCAGAACACAUAGAUACUCCUAUACAUAUAGCCCACACACAGAUAUCUAUAUACCUUCUAUAUAGGGCAAGCAAACACACACACCAACUCAAAAUAGAGACGCGAUUAAUCGUAAUUCCCGAAUUUGAAAAAAACUACCCGAAUCAAUAUAUUAAUUUUUUGCACAUUUAAUCAAGUUUUCGGUUCUAAAAUAAAUUGGCCAUGCAAAUGUUGCUAUA